GCUUCUUGCUCUGCUGUUCCUUUCCGUGCUGCUCCAACUUGAUCUUCUCUUUCGCUAUUUCUCCAAUGAACCACGUCACGGAUCCCCAUAAUAGAAGGGAGAUGACCAACAAAUUAACAAAGUGAACAGACCGGCUGAGGAAGAUCAUCACCAAUAGCGAAACGACCAAGCACACAAAAGACGCGUGGGUCGCUUUCACAAGUGUGGGCGUUGCUCCCGGCUGGAAAACCGAGUCCCAAAGAUCAACAAGAAAAGACGACAUGAUUAAAUAAUUUUUGCAGAAAAUGUCCUUUUUACAGUCUCCACCGAGUUUGAGUAAAUUGCAGACAGCCAGUGCUCAAAAGCUUGCUCAAGUGUCUGAUUUUCCGCUCGAUUACAACAUAUUUCUUUUUGAGGAGAUCAAGCAUGCGCGAGAGAGGGAUGUCCAGGAAAUGAUUGAUUUCCGUCUCGAUCUAUUUGAGAGCAUUCCACAGGACCACAGCUCGUUGAUCUUUCGAGGACUUGAGAAGAAGGCAGACGGAGACUACGAACUUAUCCCUACAACGACGUCGAGAUUACAUGACCGUCUGCUUGAGCUUCUGAUAUUAGAGAGACACAGAAGAGAUAUAUUACAAUUGAGCAAAAUCGCUGGCAAAAAUAUACAGGCAGUCGAGCUUUCUGAUCCAAACCUAUAUGAAAUCAAAUCUCCAAUCUACCAGCAAUUGCUUUCUACAAAAGACCAGUACCAAACAAGCUUCAAGCGGUUUGCAAUGUUGCAGAAUAUCGAGUACGAUUUCGAGAACCGGCUAGAUGGGUCCGACGUCAGCAACGACGAUGACCUGGUGCAACAAUUUUGUACGCAAGAUGUUAUUGAGGUGGAUCCCCAGAAUCUCGAUGAGCUCCGACUUGCUCAAAUUUUGAUUCCGCUGGCUUCAAAAGCUAUUUUCGGAUGAAAAAGAACAGCGUUUGUUGGGCAGAAUUCCCGCGUAGGUAACAGCGUAUGGUUUACCGCUUGAGGAAAUUUGAGUCAAAGAAAGAGCUUCAUUCCUGUUGUCAAUGCACAUUAUUGUGUGCUUUUUGAUUGAACAUAAAAAUCGUAUAUGGCUUUAUGUCCUCUACUGAAACGAUUUUUUUCUCUGUAUUGCUAAAAGUGCAAUCCAGGUUGUUACCAGGCUCUUUGGCAGCAAAUUCUUGGGAUUUGCAUGUCUGGUUUUUAACAGGCACAAUCGGGGAAUUUACUCGUCAAUAAAAAAAUUCUGUUACCGGUGGUUGCAGAAAAAAAAAAAGGUGGCUCCCCAUGAGAUCCAGAGCAGCCAAUUGGGUAGACGGCACACAGCACAUAGUUUCCAGCAGCCCAGAAAAGAAGUGCAGAAACUUUCCAGCUGAGUAUAUAUUUAAAGGCCAGACAACAAUGCCAACCUUAAACUUGAUUACACAUAAUGUUGGGAUACAAGAUUUUGGCUGCUGCCACUUUUCUGCUGGCUCUUGCUCCAGCUAGGCCUGUUGGCGACGAUUGGCAAUCUGAGACAACCAGUACUGCGUACGUGACAGUCACUGCUCCAAAACAUCCUUCUUCCACCCAUUCCUCCGACAACGAGGUAGUUAGCACCACCAAGACCUCGGACUGCGAGGAGUCUAGCUCGACUCCUGUCACCUCGCACAGCAGCUCGCUCACCUCUAUUAUCACGGUGCCUUCCUCGCACAGCUCUGUAAUUACAAGCACCAGCUCAGAGCCUCCAACGACGUGGACCACGGUCAUUACCACGGAAGGAUCCACGGUCACCACCGGAUGUGUGAUCACGACACAAACAUUUGAGGAGUUUACCACAGUCUUUACCACGUACUGUCCACUGCCAUCAACAACGACUCACUCCAUUGAGACACCAUCCUCUGUUCCUCCUCACUCAUCCGUGGUUCCCCCACCUGCCUCAUCAAAGUCCAUCCUGUCCGAGAGCAGCCCAGCAGUUCCGGUCGUCUCCUCGACUUAUCCUCCUCCGUUCUCUGUGACGUCAGGAACCUCGACAUCAGUUAUCAAAACCGUGACGCCGGUUUCUUCAACUAAAGUCGGCUCUUCCUGGUCCGGAUCGCCGCCUGUCUUUACUGCUGUCCCAGGUAACGGCACUUCUAUUCACACUCUGCCAAGUGGGUCAUCAGUUGCUAUCGAGACCAACCUGCACGCCGGUGCCGCAGGCCUCAACGUCGGCUUGCAAUCUACCUACGCUUUCGUCCUUGCCUUGAUGGUAGCCUUUGCUUGAUUAGAUAAUUACUAGCACCUUCUUUGUAUGUAUUCCGGAAUAUUUGCCUGUGCAAUAAUAAUGGUAGUCAUACAUUCAUUAUGUAUCUGCUCUACUCAACAUCAUUCUCGAAAGUCUCGCCCUCGGUCAGCUCUGGAACGUCCUCCUCCUCUUUGGAUGCAGUAGAUGCACCAGCUUGGCUUCCUUGGAAUUGCUCAGCAAGCUUUUGCAACAUGCUGAGGUUCUCAGCACCCAAUUGCGGCAAAAUGUUUGGUAUUAACUCUGGCAAAGUUUUCUCCUGAGCGAAACCGCUGAAAGUGUAGGUGUUGUAGGCGGCAGCAGCCUGAACCCCGACUCUGUUGAAAUGCAAGACCUUGCCGUCCUCCUUGAAGAAGUUGGCCUCCUCGAUACCGGUCAAAACCUCUGCGUUCAACUUCUUGAGGGUGUUUUGUAGCUGGGUGUCAUCGGCCUCAGCACUCUUGUUGACCUUCUUUGCCUUGAUUCUCUGUCCACCGACUUUCUUGGCGGAGGCCUUUUGCAACUUUGCGAGCUUUUCUGGGUCAAUUGGCAUUUUGAUUCAGCUGUCUUAGUACGAAUUUUU